CAAUGCCAAGGGCUACCUGUGUAGGUUCCCAGGGUGGACUUGCAGGAAUAACCACAGUCAAUGGUUAACCCAGGUUCUUGGUGUCUGGAGCUUUUCUUUCCUUUAUUAUUAACCAAAGAACGUUUUUUUGCCAUUGCUCCGCUGUGAGCACUUGAGCUCCUAGAUCUUCUAUGGGGACAGUGGAUCAAGAUGCUGAUAUCACAACAAGGGGAAACUGAGCUGGUCUCUCAAAAGGACAUAGGAGCUCAUGAAAUCGGAUUUCUGCACCAACCGGUACUGAGCUCCAGGCUGAAGGUAGAGCUAGGGUAAAGGAGUUGAAUCUGAAAUAGUGUCCCUAUCAGUUGUGUUUGGUCCUGGGAAGUACACGGAAGAAGAACCUUGGUGGGAGAGCGAGGAAGCCACGGGUGCUGAAGGUUUUAACUGAAAGCCCAGCCCAACAACAGGCCACACGCCCGGACCCACUGCUGCUCCAAAGCGCCCCCGGGGGGCCCAAAGGGCGUAGGGAAAAAUGAGCUACUACGGCAGCGGCUACCCGAUCGUGAGCGUGGACGCCAAGUUCCCCGGCUACCCGCCCGAGCACAUCGUAGCCGAGAAGCGAAGAGCCAGGAGACGCCUGCUGCACAAGGACGGCAGCUGCAACGUGUACUUCAAGCACAUCUUCGGCGAGUGGGGGAGCUACGUGGUGGACAUUUUCACCACCCUCGUGGACACCAAGUGGCGCCACAUGUUUGUCAUCUUCUCCCUGUCUUACAUCCUCUCCUGGCUGAUAUUUGGCUCCAUCUUUUGGCUGAUCGCCUUCCAUCACGGGGAUCUGCUCGACAACCCAGACCUCACGCCCUGCGUGGACAACGUGCAUUCCUUCACGGGGGCGUUCCUCUUCUCCCUGGAGACCCAGACCACCAUCGGGUACGGCUACCGCUGUGUCACGGAGGAGUGCUCGGUGGCGGUGCUCGCGGUCAUCCUCCAGUCCAUCCUAAGCUGCAUCAUCAACACCUUCAUCAUCGGCGCCGCCUUGGCCAAAAUGGCCACGGCCCGCAAGAGGGCCCAAACCAUCCGGUUCAGCUAUUUCGCGCUCGUGGGCAUGCGGGACGGGAAGCUGUGCCUCAUGUGGCGCGUCGGGGACUUCCGGCCCAACCACGUGGUGGAAGGCACCGUGCGCGCCCAGCUCCUGCGCUACACGGAGGACAGCGAAGGGCGGAUGACCAUGGCGUUUAAGGACCUCAAGCUGGUCAAUGACCAGAUUAUCCUCGUCACGCCGGUCACCAUUGUCCAUGAGAUCGACCACGAGAGCCCUCUGUAUGCCCUUGACCGGAAGGCAGUGGCCAAAGAUAACUUUGAGAUUUUGGUGACGUUCAUCUACACCGGCGAUUCCACGGGGACGUCCCACCAGUCCAGAAGCUCCUAUGUCCCCCGAGAAAUUCUCUGGGGUCACAGGUUUAACGAUGUCUUGGAGGUCAAGAGGAAGUACUACAAAGUGAACUGCCUGGAGUUUGAGGGCAGCGUGGAGGUGUAUGCGCCCUUCUGCAGCGCCAAGCAGCUGGACUGGAAAGACCAGCAGCUCCACACUAUGGAGCGAGCCCCGCCGGUCCGAGGAGCCGGCCUGGCGGACACCAGGGUCCGAAAAAGGUCCUUUAGUGCAGUCGCCAUUGUCAGCAGCUGUGAAAGCCCGGAGGAGACCGCCACUUCUGCCGUGGAUGAGUGUAAGGAAACGCCUUAUCAGAAAGCUCUCCUGACUUUAAAUAGAAUCUCUGUAGAAUCCCAAAUGUAGCCCCAGAUUGCAAUUGCGAGGGCUCCCACCCAAUCAUUUCGCUAUCCAGCCAAUCGCCUGAAGGCAAGUAGUUGUAAACAGGGCUGUAAAAGAAUGCGAUAGGUAUGUUUGAUGCUGAUGGAGGAUAAGCAGAGCAGGUUAAACAUGAUCAAUGAUGAUUUAAAAAAUUACCUAGUACCCAAUUGUUUAAACUUUGUCUUCUUGCUAGCGAUUUUUUGUGUUAGGGGUGCUAGUAAGAGUCUAAUUGAUUAAUAUAAAUUUCAUCUCCUUUUAUUAUUCUAUAUACUUGUAUCUUUAGUUGGCGGUGUAAUAUUUAAUAAUGGGAAAGCAAGGUAGGAUAGUGGAAUAAAUAAAAAUAGGACAGACAACCAGCAUGAAUAAUAAACAUUUUAAUGUAUCAAGAUUGAUAGUAUAAUGAGUGGUUUCCCAUAAAAACAUCAUAUCACCUAACCGAGAUAUACACGGCAUGCAUUCAAUAAAUUGUAAAGUUGAGAUAUUUAACUGUGGUAUCGACUAGCCCGUUCAUAGUACUAUGUUUACCCCUUAUAGGGUCUUGGUAUCAGCAGACAGAGUUAGUGGCUGUAAGAAACCAAUUGAGACAGUUCUUCCACAGCCACUUGCCCAGGUCAUGAUCAAUGAGUGCCAGAAGCUAUUUUCUCUCUCACCCAUGAGGCAGGAGCAAAGUUAUAUUAUUAUGCAGAGCAGUAUUUCUCUCUGAAAUGCCCUGAUUAGCUCUAGCAAAUGGCUUUAUGUGGAAGAGCAGAAAGAAGGCAACCCUGACCUUUGUAGGUUCUCUGACGAGGGGGCUUUUGAUGCCCACCUUCCAGCUUCUCCAAGGAUGAGAUGAAGGAACAGAAUCAGAGAGAUGGGGUGACAGAAUGGAUAAUGAUAAACACUCUGAGACUCUAUGGAAGAAAACAUGUGCACGUCUUCUGCCAGCUCUGGCUGGUUACAUAGGGAUAGAACCUUUUCUAGGGGAGUUUGGGGAGAGCAAUAGGAAAGGUAUGUAUUUGUGCCCAGAAGCAGUUAUGUAUGCCACCUGCCUUGGUCACUUUACAAAAUAUAAGUGACUUGAAUUGUGGACGUUAAGAAACGCUUCCAUUGAACUUGGAACAAUCAUUUAAAUUGAAGAUUUGGGUUGUCGGGAAAAUCAUGAUGUAUUUUUCUAUGUUUUUCAAUGCAAAAAUGCGUCAUGACUUUCCCGACGACCCAGUAUAAUUAAGGAGAUUUUAAUGUAUAUUAUUAACUGGAGAAGCUAAGGGUUAUAGAGUUGCUUACGUCUGAGGCCCUGAGAUCCAUCUGUCUACUCUGUUUCCAUGUUAGACGAUGUUAAUUAUGAUUACUUUAAGCACAAAUUCAAUCACUUUUGAGUGAAGAGUCACUUUAAGCUUUAUAAAUUGACGUUAUUAGCUACAUUCAGAAUUACCUGUGUUUUUUUAACAUUGUUGCUGAGUUGACAAUAAUUAUUUGCUACAGUUUUUAAUUUGCUUCAUUUAAAUAUGUACCCACACAUAGUUUUUAUCUCUCCAUUUGAAUUAAGCAUACAAGUAAAUUGAACUGAAUCACAUAAUUCAAGAUUAGCAAUAAAAGUAAAAUACAUA